AUGGAGCUCCAAAACCUUCGCAAUGGGGACCCUCCGAGCUCCGAGCUCGCAGAACCCAACCAUGGCGAACACCACCUCGACCCUCCCCUCUCCCCCCUGCGCUUCCCCUCGGACGAUGUCGACAGCUACUGCUCCACUCCCUACGUCAGCGCCCCCUCCAGCCCCGACCGCGGCGGCGUCGCCGGUGGUUACUUCUUUAGCGCCCCCACCAGCCCCAUGCACUUCAUCCUCUCCUCCGCCGGCAGCGGCGGAGGCCGCUUCCCUUCCGACUCCCCCGACGCCUCCGUCGCCGGCUCCUUCGAGUUCGAAUUCUCCGCCCGAUUCUCCUCUGCCGCCGCCUUCGCCACCGGAUCCAUGACCUCCGCCGACGAGCUCUUCCUUAACGGCCAGAUCCGCCCCAUGAAGCUCUGCUCCCACCUCCAGCGGCCCCAGGUCCUCGCCCCCCUCCUCGAUCUCAACGAAGAAGAAGACGACGACGAUGAAUCCGAGCGUCACCCGCCGGAAAUGGCCGCGAGGGGGUGGGAUCUGAAGCUCCGGAGCCGAUCGAUUCGCCGGAGGGCCAGAUCCUAUUCCCCGCUUCGGAACGCGCCACUCCAUUGGCAAAUGGAGGUCGAAGAACGAGAAGAUAGAGCGAAAGAUGUAGAGCCGGUUCCAGAUCCGAAGCAGAUCGAGGCGGAGGCGGCCACUCUAUCCAUCUCGGCUUCGUCCUCCCGGUCCUCCUCCACCUCCUCCUCCUCCUCCUCCUCCUCCUCCUCCUCCUCCUCUGGAAGAACCUCCAAGAAGUGGGUCUUCCUCAAAGAUCUCCUCUAUAGAAGCAAGAGCGAGGGAAGAGAGAGAGGAAACACCAAAGAGAAGUUCUGGCACUCGAUCUCUUUCUUGCCUUACCGCCAGGGCCUGCUCGGCUGCCUGGGCUUCACUUCCCGCAGCUAUGGCACCAUUAACGGCAUCGCCCAUACCCUUCACCUCGUCUCUUCCAAGUAA